CUGAGCAACAGCACUACCAUAACAAGUUGUGCGUACAGCCGCGCCCGCCGGAGCCACCCUACGCACGUGACUGUGGCAGGAAAAUGAUUGGUAAGGAAAAUUACUGUCCUUUCCAUCUAAAAAGGGGUUGGCGCUGAGAGACAAGAACUAGCUUUCUUUGUUUAUUUUUUAUGAUGGAAAAUAUCGCCACGGUGUCUGUGUGGUUUUGAGGAUGUGGGUGUUGUGAAAUGCUCCCCGUACGUCUCUUGAAUCCCUGUAUGGAAGAGCCCCAGCUGCAAAAGCAGAGCGCUCAGCCCCACAGGGGAACAAGGGGCUCGUUAUUUGAUCAGCCUCGUUUUGACUCAGGGCAAGUUGAGCUCUUAAAGGCUGUUUUGUACCCCUGAGCUUGGUCUGAGCACCCUCCCAUUUGCUUAUUAUCAAUGGACAGUGGAACCAAGUGGAGAGAUGGCUAUAGUCCUUCAGCCCCCUAACAUGAUUAAAUACAGGUUCAUGAAACAUUAACCCUUUGCUCUGGGACAGUGGAAACCGACAGCAGUGGCCACUGUGAAUCUCAGAGCCCAGGUCGACUGACUGGAGCUCGCGGGGCUCAGGCGGCAGGGCUAAAAAUAGCAGUGUCGAUGCUCUCGCUCGGGCUGGAUCUGAAACCUUGUGAGGGGCGAAGGGUCUCAGAGCCCAGGCUCCAGCCCGAGUCAGAAUAUCUACACGGCUAUUUUUAGCCACGUAGCCCAAGUCCGUUGACCCACGCUCUGAGACUCACCGCUGUGGGGUUUUUUGCAGUGUAGACAUACCCAUGGAGAGCAACAAAAGCCAACGGACAGCAAUGGCUUUUGGUUACUAUUAGAUGGAAACCUGUGAUGUAGAGGCUCCGCAGCCUAGUUUUAAUUCCCUAAUUCCCAUAGUCCCCUCUGCAGUGAUGGUGGGGGGUGUAGUUAAUGGAACUAAUAUUCAGCAGAUUAUUUGUUGCUUGUUGAAAAAAAAAAUGAGGAAUGAGAGCAGAGGCCGAGUUCCUGAGGAGGUGGAUGGAGCUGAGAGAGGAGAUGACCCUGGAAGGAGAGUCGAUGGGGAACAGCUCUGAAUCUGGCAUUCAGCUCAUGGAGAAUAACUCACCAUCCACCCCUGUGCACCCGGGCUGGAGAGAGCUUCACCUGGCAGCUUGGGACGGCAACGCCCACCUGAUGAAGCAGCUACUGAGGCAGGGGGCAGUGAUAGAGAGCAGGGAUGAGAAUGGAUGGACGCCCUUACACAGUGCCACGCUGAAGGGGUCCAUCAUGCUGGUGAAGUUCCUGGUGCAGCGCGGAGCCGUGGUCCAUGCCACAGACAGAGCACACUACACCCCGCUGCACCAUGCCUCUUGGAGUGGCCAUACCCAAGUGGCUGAGUUUCUCCUGGCUCGGGGAUCCCCAGCAUCAGCCGUGACUAAAGGGGGCCUCACCCCACUUCACUGUGCAGCAGCCAGCGGUCACACCCUCAUCGUGCAGUUGCUCCUACGGCAAGGCACAGAUCCUGCCAGCGGGGACAACAACCAGUGGACGGCACUGCACUGGGCGACGGUGAACAGCCAGCUGCAUAUUAUGGACUUGCUGAUUUGCCAGGGUCUCUCCCCAGACCUGGGCAGUAACGGAGGCAUCACAGCACUGCACAUCGCGGCAGAGACGGGAAGAAGUGAUGCUCUAAGGUUCUUGCUAGCCAAGGGUGCCAACAUCAAUGCUCAGGAUGGGCUGGGGAGAACAGCACUUGCCAUUGCAUCCAAUAAUGGCAAUCAAGAGAUUACAGAGCUGUUGCUGAAAAGCAAAGCUGAUGUGAACAAGAAGGACCACUACGGCUGCACGGCACUCCACAAGGCAGCAGCUGCGGGACACUUGGCCCUCGUCCACCUGCUGAUUAAGACAGGAGCUGUUGCCAACAUUAGGGACUGUCUGAAUCUGACUCCGCUUCACAGAGCUGCCUGUCGUGGGCACAGCGAGGUAGCUAAUUACCUUCUGGACCAUGGAGCUGAGAUCAAUGCAGCCGGCUGGCUAAACAAAACCCCGCUGCACUUGGCUGUGGAAAAAAACCACUUCCUUUUAAUGGAGCUGCUGCUGGGGAAGGGGGCAAGUCUGUCCCUCCGAACUCGCUGGCAUGAAACGGCACAGGAUCUAGCAUCAGACAGGGUCCUACCUGCGGGCACUCCGUCCACUUCCCAGGAGAAGAUGACAAGCUGCAAUCCGGACCUGAACUAGAUCCCAACUCGAGUACAGUUAGCUGGCGCUGAGAGGCAUGAGAACAACUUUGUCCUUCAGUUUCCUCUGCUGCCAUCUUGUGAAGAAGGAUCAGACUUUCCCAUCAUUCCAGUAUUAACCGAUAAAGGGCCUGAUUCUCAUUUACAUUGUUCUUGCAGUGUAACAGAACCUUAAAGGGGGUAUAAAUAUACUGUAUAUCCAUUGUAAGGCCCCUUUAUACUGCUAGAGUGGUGUCACAGGGCCUUAGUAUAAAUGAGAAUAAGGCUCUAAUUUUUAAAAGGUUCUGUCUUUACCAAUGUGCUGCUGUAAUACGUAUUUACUAGGGAUGUGAUUAAACCAUCUUUGGGGAUUCAUUAGAUACCAGAUAAUGUAGCCAGUGGAUACUAAGAUGAAUCAGGGAGGUGGGGUGCGUGGUGCCCAAGGCGCAAGAUGGGGUCCUGGAAAGGGUGGUCGGAGUAAUGAAGCAGCAGAGGACACGGUAAGGGAGAUUGGUAGAAGAUCGGCCAGGCAGCGAGAAGAAGCAAGACCACACUUAAAAUGGCCGCCGUCAUCACAUGGUGGUAGCCAUUUGAAGUGCCUGAAAUUCACUUACCAUUUAGCUUGGGAUGCAGAAGAAGGGCAAAAUGGCCAGAUCUGUGCUAUUUACAAUCACCCUAUCUCUAGAAUACACCUUUGUACAUUAGAAUAAUCCUAUGCUGAUGUCAUCUUUAUAUUCAGCCAGUGGCCAUGUAAUAAACCUGUAUGCAUAAAAGAAACAGUGAAUCAACCGAGGAAUUACCAGCUCUUGUAGCAUAGGAAGCACUGAAUCAGCAAAGCUGUCAUCUAGGCCAUAACUGCACCUGCUGCCUCCAUAUAGGGCCGGAUUCCAAAUGAAUGCAGGAUGUCAUUUGUUUCCAAGUGGAAAAAUAGCUCCAAUGCUCCCAAGUAGUCACUUCCAUGCCUGCAGCCAAAAUCAAACCUGUACAUUUUGAAGGCGGGUUGAAGACAUGUAAUAAAAAUACGUCAACAGAAGUUCAAUGAAAAUAAGAAUUAGGUCUUGGUUAAAGCUGGAUGGAUAAUAUUUGUCAAGUAAUGGAACUAUUCACUAUUCCAUGUUUUGCAUUACUCAACUUUACAGCUGGUUGAGUGC